GGUUUUUGGUUUGGAAUUAAAGUCUUAACGAUUAGAACUUGGAACUUUAUGUGGUAUUUAUCAUUUUCUUCCUUCAUAAGAUACUUCUUCUCUAUUGUUAAUUUUUAAUUAUUAAUUGUCUGGAUCCUGUUGCUAUAACACAGAUCAAGAUCGUCUUGAUUUUGAGACUAAGAAACUACAAAGCUAUGUGAAGGAUAAGUCCCUUUUAAUAUCCAAAAAAGGUGCACUUGCCAACAAGAUCAGUCCUGGAGUUCUCAAUUCUCUUGUAACCCUGACAGACAAGAAAAAUUAAGUUUGUUUGUAGAUAACAUUCAAUUUUUGGAACCUUCAAUUCCAAACUGUGGGGAAGGUAUUAGCCUCAAUCUUUGUUCUAGCUAGCAUUUCGAAAUAUCUGUGUGUCGCAUAACUAGCACAUAUGAUUUAUGGUAGUAGUGUGUUCCUUAAGUGCUAAUUCCGUAACCUUGCCUCCACCCCGACAAAUGGUCACUCUGAGUUUAGGCAUUCAUAAGCUAAAUCAAGAAUGCAUAUAGAAGGAAAACCUUUUGGAGUAUAUUUUUUCUACCAAGGGAUUCGUAGAGAAAUGUUGCAUUUCUAUGAUGUUCUCACAAAUGAGAGUAUGCUGCAUUCCCGUGUUACUAUGGUAAAAAAUUUUGGCGUUUCUCUUUCUUCUUUCUUUCAAAACGUCUUCUUCCUACUGAGGAAAAAAGAUUGAUUUCUGGUUGAAGGACCAUUUAUUUCUGGUUGCACUCACUGGCAAUGUUGCAAUGUGGAAAUUUCGUGUGCACUAACUCUUUGUACACUUGAAACAUGGAAUGCCAUUGUCUUGUUACUUUGUGAUCCCGUUUAACCCAAGAUUUCCAAAAGUUUGGAUAUGUACUUACUAAAACAAUGACAUUUGAGAGAUACAAAUAAAAAUAAAAAUCUCAUCCUUUGUUACAGAAAAGUGUCGAGGCUUUCAGCCGGCAAUAAUUUUCACGUCAACAUCUUUACCUCUAGGAAACGAGCAAGGAAGGAAUUAUUAUUGGGAAAAAAGCUAAAAUACAACCCACAAUUUCAGUUAUGAUUUUCAACCUGGAUGAUGUUAUGUUUGCUCUGUCUUUAAUUUGAAAAUGUGAUUGUGGGACAAUCUAUACCAUCAAAUUUUAUCCCAGCUAUUGAGAAGGGUUUCAAAGAAGCAGCGAACUCGUCAGUCUUUUGCCUCUAAUAUUUUGUGGAUUAUUGUUAAACUAGGGCCUAAUCUCUAGGUGUAAAUGUAUUUGGUCCUUGUAAUAAUGUGCUUUUUUUCUCUUAUAUGUGCAGGGGCUCAUUAAUUGGACAUCCAGUUGAAAAUAUCCGUGUUGUUAUAACUGAUGGUGCUUCCCAUGCUGUGGAUUCCAGUGAACUUGCAUUUAAGUUAGCUGCAAUUUAUGCAUUUAGAAAGUGCUAUGAAGCAACAAGACCUGUAAUACUGGAGCCUGUUAUGUUGGUGGAGUUGAAAGUACCUAUAGAAUUUCAGGGUACUGUUGCUGGUGAUAUUAAUAAGAGAAAAGGUGUGAUUGUUGGAAAUGAUCAGGAUGGAGAUGAUUCUGUUAUAACUGCCCAUGUGCCUCUGAACAAUAUGUUUGGAUACUCAACGGCCCUUCGUUCGAUGACACAAGGGAAAGGCGAGUUCACGAUGGAGUACAAAGAGCAUCUGCGCGUUUCUCACGAUGUGCAGAUGCAACUGGUAAACAACUACAAGGGCAGUAAGGUCGCUGAAUAGUUGGUGUUUGGACGAAGAAUUUUCUUUCCUUUUGCAUAAAGUCAUGCAUUUGUCCUCAUUAUAUAUUCUUUUAGUUUUCAAUUUUAUUAUUGCUUAUAUAGGCAAAAAUUUUGAUACGUUCUGUAAUCCAUAAAAUUUUGAAAGCAUCAAUAAGUUCAUGUUGCCCAUGCUUUGGGCUAAGAUAAUGUAUCAAUUCAAUCUUACUAUAUUUUCGUCUUUGCUCCUCAUGGACAAAAUUGUAUUA